AUCAUCCGUAAAUUCAUCGUAUGAUGGAUCAGAAGCAAUAACAAUUUACGCCGCAGAGGCGAGGAACGAAAACGCAUAUCGUUCGUUGAUACGGCCGUCCGUCCAAGCUCUCCUCGCAGUUAUAUCCCCAGGAAUUCGCACCAACAAUGCGUGACAGAACUAGCUUCGUCUUCGUCACUGUCCUCUAUCGCCCGUUCAGCACCCAAAAUUCUAACGGAGCCUAUAAGCUAUGCUACGGACAAUCUCGUUCCAAUUUGAUAUCCCAGUUGCUAGCGCCAUCACAUUCGUUGGUUUGAUCUACCUCCUAAUCCUAUCAUUCUUCAUCGUCAUGAUCGGUGUCUCUGCGCGAGAAGUGUCCGGACUUCAGAACAAAUUAACUACAGGUUCCCUCAUCCGUGUCCGGCUCGUCUCAGUGUUCAUUGCAUACUUUAUGAUCUCCCUAUUCUACUCUCUUCUUAGCCGAGCCUUCCAAGUCGAUUUCUCGCGCAAGUUCGGCAGCGCAGGCUUUGUCAUAUUUUGGAUGCUUAAUUUUGUUGGUAUGCUCUCGGUGGGCCUAGCCCUUGAAGCAAUGAUAACGCUCCUUACCAUCCGAUUCAUGCCUUUUUUCAUGAUUCUGUGGAUUAUAUCUAAUGUAUCGGUAUGCUUCAUGCCCAUCGCCGUCCUGCCAAAUAUCUAUCGAUACGGAUACGCUAUGCCCUUCUACAACGUCUCUGGCGCUGUACGGACUAUCUUAUUUGGUACGAAGAACGAACUGGGGCUACAUUUUGGUAUCCUUAUAGCAUGGACGGUGAUCUCAAUGAUCACACUUCCAACCUUCUAAUGGUUUGUGCGGAGAGGGAGUGUGCCGCCAGAUACGACGGCGAUUACAGAGGAGGGCGAGAAAGAGGCGAGACAUUAGAGGGGACGCUUCAUUUGCAUCGCAUUAUUACCAUCACGGCCACGCUAUUAUAUCACGAGAACAGAUAUAUCAACUAUACUUCGCUAUUCACAUCGCGCACGUCAAUGGUGAGAGAGAGACUCGACUCCAACAACAACUACUGGCAGUCUGGCACCGUCGAGUUCGUUUCCCUUUUUAAGUCUUCAUAGGAUUAGUGUACAGAAUGAAUCAGACUG